AUGUCUGCGCCGAAGCCCAACUGGUGGAAAGCCAGCACCUGCUAUCAAAUCUGGCCUGCUUCGUACAAGGACAGCAAUGGCGACGGAAUCGGUGACAUUCCCGGCAUCAUCAGCACAUUGCCAUACCUGAAAGAUCUCGGGGUGGAGACAAUAUGGCUGUCACCCAUGUACAACUCGCCGCAGAAGGACAUGGGCUACGACAUUUCCAACUACGAGGACGUCUACCCGGCUUACGGGACGCUGGCCGACAUGGACCAGUUGAUCAGGGAAUGCCACGACCGCGGGAUGAAACUGAUUCUGGACCUGGUCAUCAACCACACCAGCGACCAACACGCGUGGUUCCAGGAGUCACGCAAAAGCAGGACCAACAAGUACGCCGACUGGUACGUCUGGCGGGAUCCGAAAAUCGAUGUCGACGGCAAGAGACAUCCGCCGAGCAAUUGGCGGUCCAUCUUUGGCGGCAGUGCGUGGGAGUACUGUGAAGAGCGGGACCAGUAUUAUCUCCACCUGUUCGUGAAGGAGCAGCCGGAUUUGAACUGGGAGAACGAGGAGACCCGCAAGGCGAUCUACAAAUCCGCCAUUGAGUUCUGGCUCGACAGGGGCAUCGACGGGUUCCGCGUGGAUGCCUGCAAUUUGUACUCCAAGGACGUAUCGUUCCCGGACGCGGUCACAAAGCUCCACGGAGAGGAAUUCCAGCCCGCGGAAGAAUUUUACGUCAACGGCCCGCGCAUGCAUGAAUGGUUCAGGGAGCAACGCCAACAGGUCCUCGACAAGUACGGUGACAUCUUGAUCGUCGGGGAGCUGCCCGGGACGGAAGCGGCAGAGGUGUUGAAGUACGUCUCGGCCGAGGCGCGAGAGCUGAGCUGCGUCUUCGACUUCGACGUGGUCAUGCUGGGGACCGCGACCGGCGGCGGCGGGAAAAAGCACCACACGGUGCGGCACACAUUGCCGCAGUUCAAGGACGCGAUUCGCAAAGUGCAGCACCUCACAAACGGCACGGACGCGUGGACGACGGUGUUCCUCGAGAACCACGACCAAGGGCGAAGCCUGACGCGGUUCGCGACGGACAAGCCGCAGUGGCGGGAGAAAGCGGCCAAGAUGCUCGCGGUGCUGAUGUGCACCCUCACGGGCACGCUGUUCAUCUACCAGGGCCAGGAGAUCGGCAUGUACAACCACCCGGAACACUGGGGCAUCGAGGAGCUGCGGGACAUUGACUCGCUCAACGCCUACAACGACGUCAAGACCCGGCACAAGGGCGACCCGCUCUGGUUGCAGAAGGCCAUGAAGGGCCUACAGCUCGUGGGCAGGGACAACGCCCGCCUGCCCGUGCAGUGGGACUCGUCCGCCAACGCCGGCUUCACCACGGCCAAGAAACCCUGGAUCCGCGUCCACGACGACUAUGAAGCCGUCAACGUCGCCGCGCAGCGCCACGACCCGGGCUCGGUCCUCUCCUUCUGGAAACGCAUGAUCGCCCUGCGCAAGAAACACGUCGAGCUCACCGUCUUCGGCACAGACUUCCAGGUCUGGGACUUUUUUGACCAGGACGUCUUCACCUUCACAAAGACACACCCGGACGGCGAUCGCAGGUUGUUGGUCUUUCUCAACUUCUCCGACCACACUCAGCCCUUGCACUACCCGCACGGCCUGGAGGCUGUGGGCGUGAGCAAGGAGCUGUUGAUCAGUAACCUCCCACAAGGCGAGGAGGUCGGUAGGUACUUGACCCCGUGGGAGGCGAGGGUGUAUUUGGUCCAGGAGAGCGUUGUGAAUGGCCAUUAA